UCAAAGACUAAAUCCCAUACACUUCAAUGGUCGCCUAUGUGACAAAUUAUAAAUCUUAUUUCUCGCAGAAUCUUAAGCAAUCUUUGUUGAUAUUUUCCUCAUUCAUUGGAAUAUUUUACCAACGUAAACAACAAGAACAAGAACACAAGUAAAGGACAAUGGUCGCUUAUCGAGCUUUGGCGCCUUGGGUCGUCACGGUCGUUGUGAUGUCAUCAUGUUGCAUUAUGACGUCAUACGCGUCAUCCACCACAGUAAGGAAGAGCGUCUACCUUCGCGAGGAUUCGAACUCAGGAACAAUAGUCGAGGAAAUAUCCGACGUACUUAACAUGAGGAUCUCAAGAAACCGAGGACAAAAUUUCCAACAAUUAAGUCAGAAGUUAAUUACGUCGAACCCGAAUCCGAGUCCCGAGGAAUUAGUUAGUUGGUUGUCGCUUGACCGAGUAACAGGGCGGGUAACGUUGGCUCGUCGGUUGGAUAGAGAGGAGUUAUGUGUUGAUUCCGUUGUAUGCUCCAUAAGAAUGCAGAUUUACGUCCACACGUCGUUCCGCAUGGUUUACCUUGAUGUCGUCAUAAUCGACGUAAAUGAGCACGUUCCAGAAUUCUCGUCCCGAUAUAUUUUGAUCAAUGUUAGCGAAGACGCGAGACCUGGUGACGUCAUAUCACUGGAUAAAUACCAAGCAGUGGACCGUGACGCAGGCAACAACUCUAUACUAACUUACACAUUGAGUCAAAGCAACGAGUUUCGUCUUGGUCAAUAUUUUGACGAGACAGGAUCCCAACAUCUUCAUAUUGAAGUAGUAAAGCAACUUGAUUACGAAAAGAAACAACUUUACCGCCUCACCCUUACAGCACGUGACCAUGGAGAGCCUUCAUUGACCAAUCAUGUGCCUCUACAGGUCAGAGUGACGGAUGUCAAUGAUAAUGAGCCAUUGUUCGACCGGAAGGAAUAUUCGAUUGUCGUAAGAGAAGACGCUGCACCUGGGUACGUAGUGUCACGUGUGCACGCAGUGGACCAUGACGAGGGUAGAUACGGCUUGGUUCGUUAUUUCAUCGCUGGUAGGAACCAGGGGAGAAUGAAUGGUUUGUUUGACAUCGACCAUGAGACAGGGGAAGUGACGUUGAAGAAACCACUGGACCGUGAAGCGUCAAACAAAUUGAUCUUGUUUAUCGAGGCACGUGACCAAGAUGGUUUGGCGCCAAAAGUUGGAAGGUGUCGAUUGGUUAUCCACGUGACUGACGUCAACGAUAAUCAACCAAUAGUGAGCGUGAGUUAUAUUGCUAACCACGUGGGCGAUACAGUUUACAUCUCUGAGUCUUCGCCUUUGAAAACAUUCUUCGCUUACGUCAGCGCUAAAGACAAUGACCUUGAAUCUAAUGGUGAAGUCGAAUUAAUGAUCGAAACAUUUAUCCCAACUACCCGUGAUGACGUGGGUGAUGACCUCAUCAAGUCACCUGACCCAUACAGUAGCUUUGUAUUGAACGACGAUGGUAUGUUGGGGGUCGGUAGAGCGUUGGACCGGGAAACACAACCACGAUAUGUCAUCCAAGUUACCGCGUGUGAUCUUGGUGUCAAUCCUCUGUGCACUAACCGAUACAUCGAAGUAAUAUUACUCGACGAAAACGACCACACUCCCCACUUUGAACACGAUAUAUAUAACAUUUCUAUGAUGGAGGACACGGUGGUGGGUACAAUGGUAACGACGAUCACAGCCACAGAUGGUGAUAAAAGUAAUCUGCCUGCUAUGCGGCUCAACCAUGAGAACCAGAUAGUAGCAUCCACCAAUGGUGACGUCAUAUACUCGGUAUCUGGAGGAGAUGGUUCGUUUUCCAUCGAUCCAAAGAGUGGGAAUAUCAUGUUGGUGAGGGCGUUGGAUCGGGAGCAAGUGUCGAAGUGGAAGAUUUUCGUGACUGCGCGCGAUCGCGGUGAGCCUAUGACGUCAUCGAGUCAUUGUACGUUGAUUGUGACGGUUGAUGACGUCAAUGACAACGCACCAGUAUUCAGCAACCCCCCUAACGACGAAACAACUAUCUACGCAACAAUACUACGUGAUGAUGUCAUAACACGUAUUCAGGCGGUUGAUUACGACGAACAAAGCGACUUGAAGUACCGAUUGUUGAGCGAGGAUGGGGUGAAACAGAAUAAAGAUAUCAAUUCUACUUUUGUUAUUAAUUCACAAACCGGUGACCUGAGAUUGAAUAUGAGUCACGAGGAUUUAAAGUCAACAUUGGGGUUGCAUACUGUUACUAUUGAGGCAAGAGACAGUGGCAUCCCGAUGUUACGAAGUCUUCGCCAACUUAACGUGAUGGUUACCGAACGUGCCCAACUGCCCAAACACGUCAUAAACCCCCCUAGUGACGUAGGCAUGGGCAGUUCAUCAUUAGUGAUCAUCAUUGCAGCGUUAUCGGCCGCCAUGUUGGUUCUUAUCGUGGUCGUUAUAGUGAUUGUGGUACGGUGUAAAAGAGAUACCAAGACUGUUCGAACAUACGUAGCCAAGGAUGUUAAACAUGAUGACGUCACAGGAGCUACGUAUCCUGACGUCACAGCAGCUACAUAUCAUGACGUCACUGACCGGAAGUUAAACUUGAUCGUAACCAGUGAUGCGGAACGAUCAACUUGGGGGAAGUCCCAUGCUAGGAGGCCAUCCACUAACUACGACACUGUUAGUGACGUCACCAGCGUAUCGCACAACGUCAUUACUACGUCAUCACAAUACCAACCCACGACCACUAGCGGCAGUGUUUACGAGAAGAAACCAACGUCUGUUACGUCACAAACCACGUCACAAUCCCAUCAUGACGUAGACAGUGGACGAGGCGACAGCGAUCAAGAUGUUUGCGUUAGUGACGUCACAUUCGAACGAGGUUACGUAACAAACACCCAGCCACGUGAUCACGUUAACCGUUGUGACGAACAAUGCCUAUUGUAUGGUCAUAGUGACGCGUGUUGGAUGCCUGUCAACGAACAAGACAUGAUCCAUGAUUACCCAAACACCUCAAGCCCCUUCGACAAACCAUCUUACCCCCCAACCAACUUGCCCCCGAUACCGGAGAAGUCACCCAUCCAAAGUUAUUGGUCCCACAGUGGGUCAGGUUCGAACCUUAGCUCGAUAUACUCAACCAAACCAAGCUUCCCACGAGAGGAAUACGCAAGACACUUAACUACGAGCUUUAGAAUUAAUUCAUCAACCGACAGUAAUACGACUGGUUACGUCACAGAGCAUGACGUAUUAUAAGUUCAUUGUUACGUCACGUAUUUAUUUCCCGCCCACUGUGUCUUCAAUAAAAUCUUUUACACCACC